CCCCCCCGUUUGCCUUACUGUCUCCAGGUUGAAGGAAAUGCUUGAUCUUGUGAUCGCUCAGAGCCUGACUGCGAGUUCCCAGGGUCCUGUUGGUUGGAAGCAGAGUCAGUGGGAGACCCCCUCUCGCCCCUUGAACCUACACCACUCUCCAGAUGAAUUGAAGGCGUUCAGUACAGCCCCAGCAUCAAUCUUCACAGCAGACUCAGGUCACUCCUGGGACUUGACUCCAGUGUCUUCCUCCACCUCUGCCUGCAGACCCAGUGGGUUGCUCCCAGCCAUGGCUGCCUAUGGACAGAGCCAGUACAGCACAGGGAUCCAGCAAGCCCCCUCGUACACACCCUACCCUCAUCACGGGCAGAGCUACACAGUGCCUCCUUACAGUAUAAAGACAGAGGACAGCCUGAGUCACUCUCCUGGACAGAACAGCUUCCUCAGCUACGCCUCUAACUUCAGCAGUUCACCGUCGGGACAGGCGCUCUACAGCUACCCCACCCACGGCAACAGUAUUCCGCCUGGAAUUUUCCAGGGAGCCAAUGGGAUCAGCAGCUCAGCAGCCUUUAGCCCCUCGCAACAGGAUUUUUCUGCCUACCCGAGCUUCACCCAAGGCCAGUAUUCCCCCUACUACAGCUCGCACUACAACACGCCCUACCUCACAGCCAGCAACGUCAGCCCCUCCUCUAUCUCCACGGCAACCUCCUACCUACAGCAGGAACACCCCUCUGUCAUCACCAACCAUAGCCCUGAGUCAUUAGCAGGGGAGUACCACCCUCCUGCAAGCCCCCCCACACCGGAAAAGGAGCAGGACUCAGCACAGCAGAGGAGGGGUUCAGACGGGAAGCUACGUGGCAGGAAGAGGGCCAGCGACCCUACACCGCCACUGGACUCUGAGAUCGAGCGUGUGUUCCUGUGGGACCUCGAUGAGACUCUUAUUAUCUUCCACUCUCUGCUCACAGGGACCUUCGCCACACGCUUCAGCAAGGACUCUGCCAAGGCUGUGUCUCUAGGGCUGUGGAUGGAGGAGAUGAUCUUCAAUCUCGCAGAUACCCGGCUCUUCUUUAAUGACCUGGAGGAAUGCGACCAGGUUCAUAUAGACGACGUGGCUUCAGAUGACAAUGGGCAAGAUUUAAGGUGCGGAAUUUCCUGAAAGCUGAUCUCCGGGGAAGACGAUUAAA